GUCCGAAUAAUAGCAAAACCCGGAUGUAAACGUCAUAGAGAAAAAAAUCCCAGCCACAACAAAGAUCUUUUGUGGCCAAAAUAUUAACAUCAAAAGUGCUUCAUCUGCUAGACUGUGAUAAUCUUAUUUCGUCUUAUUGUUUAAACUAUGACUACACCAGCAAGACGACGAUUAAUGAGAGAUUUCAAAAGGCUGCAAGAAGAUCCCCCAGCUGGCGUGAGCGGUGCCCCAACAGAAAACAAUAUUAUGCUAUGGAAUGCUGUGAUAUUUGGGCCACAUGAUACGCCAUUUGAGGAUGGAACUUUCAAACUUACAAUUGAGUUCACAGAGGAAUAUCCAAACAAACCCCCAACAGUUCGAUUUGUGUCAAAAAUGUUUCAUCCUAAUGUUUAUGCAGAUGGCAGUAUAUGUUUAGAUAUAUUACAAAAUAGAUGGAGUCCCACUUAUGAUGCUUCAGCUAUUUUAACUUCUAUACAAUCAUUACUGGAUGAACCAAACCCCAACAGUCCCGCAAAUAAUGUAGCAGCUCAAUUAUAUAAAGAAAAUCGCCGUGAAUAUGAAAAACGAGUUAAGGUUGUGGUCGAAGAAAGCUGGAUCUAUCAUGGCGAUGUUGAUUGAUCACUGUGGGCUCAAAAAUACCAAAAAAAUAAUGUUUGCUUUUUUGUGCUUUGUUUGUUGCAUGUAAUGAAAGACUUCAAAUUAAAAAAAACCCUUCAUCUACUAAAAUGCUUCACCUUUUUAAACAGGAAACACUGUAUUCUUGUUUUAUCAGCAACUACAGACUUUAUCUCAAUCAAUGCCCUUUACUGGUAUUAAAAAAGACAAAGGCAUUUGAUAUUUUUUAACUAAAUGGUGUGUGAAAGUCUGUUAUUCUUUUAUAUUAAAUGUGCUGCUACUUAAUGCGAUAUUAAGGAAUUCUGUGAUGUCUUUCAUGUUUACUUUUUUUUGGUUCUAUUAUUAAUGUCUGUCAUUUGCUUGUUUGGCCAUUUCAUAGAUUUUUUUUUUCAAGAUCUAAGAAAAUUAACUUGGAUUCAGUGUAUUGUUGAGAUUGAUGAUAAUAUUCCACAUAAUACAUGUAUAAUAUACCGAGUGUCUGUGUACUUGGUAUGCUGUACUUGCUGUGUGUUCUGCAGGUGCAUUUUAAUGUGUAGAUCAAAGUUUGUUGUUAAGUCAUGAAAUAAAAUAUAUUUAAAUACUGGUGUA